AUGGAGCAUCUGGAAACUCAGGUCAGCGACCUUCGAUCCUUCCUUCCAGGAGCUCUUCCCUCAGCCGCAUCGACACCCACCUCCAAUGCAGCACACAUGGCUGGAGUCGGAGUCGUAGCAGGCGUAGGCCCAGGCGCUGCGACCGCCGCCACCGCUCCACGUCAUCCCAGCCAGAGCGCUGGGUCGUCUGUUUCCGCCGUCGGAAGCAAUUCCGCACACCCUUCACCUCUCGCCUUUGGACCAAACCACAACGCCCAGCCUGCAAGAAACCACGGUUCUGCUGUCUCGACCCCUGGCCCAGUGUCAGCGCAUCGUGCUGCUACCAAUGGUGGUGGAGGAGCUGCUGCUGGUGGCGCCGCCGCCGCUGCCGGGGCCAAGCGGAAGCUCAACGACACGGCCAGCGGCGACGACUCUUCGCAGAGACAGCAGAGGAGCAAGAGGAACAGGUACAUCUCCAUUGCUUGGUAUGUCUCGACUCUGGAAGCCCGACCUCCGAAGCUCCCGUCCGUCCAGCCCCGCCCGACGAACAAGGGGACGAGCCUCAACGAGUGCAAGAGGCGCAAGAUCAAGUGCAAUGGCGAGACUCCGUGUCAACGCUGUGGCAACCUCAACCUCCCCUGCCAGUAUGCCCCAAACUGCUGCUCCAACAAUUUCAAGGACUCGGAAGAGUUCAGGGACAUGAGGGACAAUGUCGCCCGCCUCCAGGAACAGGUCGACACCCUGUUUCAGUCCUUGAACGCCCUCAAGCAGGAGACACUGCACCUCGCCCCUAUCCAAGACCGAGCCCUGCCCUUCCCGAACAGCGCCGCCGUUACUCCAUCCCCGUCCACAGCCACCAUGUCCUCUGUUCAUAGACAGGACCUGGCGCCGUCCCGGGCCCCGCCCUUUUUCCGCGGCCCAACGAGCGCCUCUUUCACCGUCGACGUUGCCAAAAACACGCUGCACGACAUGAAAGACAGGGUGCCAAUGCUGAAUUAUGCUGGUGCCGACAGGAUUGAGGACAACGGGGUCAUGAUCGAAGACUCGCCUGCCCCAUCGCCUUAUCAGCACUGGCCCGCAGCCGCUGAAAUACCCAGGGCACGCCCGCCAGACCCCCUCUGGGGCUUUGACCGGGAUGAGAUGAUACGCCUGUGCAGGCUUCACGAGGAGGAAGUCGGCAUUAUGUACCCUGUCGUCAAUAUCAACAAUGUAGUCAGCCAUGCCAACUUCCUCGCCGAUUUCAUGGAGGCCAGCAGCAAGCACGGGCUCGUUCCACAGGGCAUUGGCCAGGACGCAGGCAUCACUGACAUCAAAACGCUCGAAUUGAAAAUCAUCAUGUGCUGCGCCAUGGUCGUCGAAGGUCACGGCUAUAGCGCGAGGGGCCUUCAGCUGUGGGAAAGCAUGCAACCUACGGUGGACAGGAUGCUCAUGAGCGAUGAAAGUAAAAUAACGAACCUGCCCUUUUUGGCCCUCGUCGGUGGUUACAGAUUCUUGUCCAACGACGAGUCCUUGGCCUGGAGGGUGAUGGGUCAGGUCACUCGCUUGUGCUUUGAGCUGGGUAUUCACCGGAGGGACGUCAUCCAGGCAAUGGAACACGAACAAGACCGCAAGAACGCCAUCAACACAUUCUGGUCUGCAUACGUACUGGAUCGUCGGUGGAGUUUUGGCACAGGACUUCCCUUCGUUGUCCACGACGACAAGAUAGACCCGAAGCUUCCGUACCCUGAUGAGUUCCCGUAUCUCAGAUCCAUGAUCACCUUCUCCAGGCUGGGCGCCAAAGUUUGGAAGCUCGUUGACUGCUUCGACCCUGUCCUCAUCCGCGAGAUGCAGCGCAGUGAUUUCGAGGGGCUGGACCGGGACAUACUAGACUGGUAUGACUCGGUCCCAGACGAGAUCAAGAUUGACGGACUCGAGACUCAAAUACCCAUACCGGGGACCUCAACCUACGACAUCGACCGUCUCCAGAUUUGGACACGAUUGAGGCUGAAUCAGAUUCGCAUCUGGCUGUACACUCCUGUCCUCCACUCGCAGGAGAGCAUAGAAAAAAACGCUGAUCUUGCCCAACGCGUGGUUGAUCUUGCGAAAGAGACGAUACAAUAUCUUAGCCUUCUCAAUACGCAUACCGACGUGUACCGCCGUAUCCAGGUAUUCUACCACCACUUCCUGACUUCGGCUAUCGCCUGCCUUUUCCUUGCAUCUACCCACCGUCCCAACGACUUCAGCGCUCAAUGCCGAGAAGAGUUUAACAUGUCCAUGGUGCUCAUCGAGGAUAUGUCGGCCAAAAGCCAUGUUAGUCAGCGGUUGUGGAAGACGGUUAAGGAGCUGAAGGCGUACGCGCCUACGCUAGGCCUCGCCGACAAGAAUGACGAUCCACGACUGCGGGAGAAUGCAGCAUUGACGAUGGCCGGGAUGGCGCGAAUGUCGCGAAUGUCGCGUGGUGGCCAGCCUCCACUAGACGUGUUGUCCAUCCCUGACCGUCACGGCUCCAUUAGCAGCGCCAGUGCCGGGCACCAAGCGACACCGAGCCCCAGGAUGAUACAAGGGCUUAGCGGACUCAAUCAUCCCCCCAGCCGGAUGGACAGUCUCACGCCACAUGCCGGAAGGGUUUCACCGCAUACUGGCGGACCUGGUGGCGCGCAGGGCCACGGCCCGCCGUCCCCAAGUGGCGAGGACAUGAAGAACGGCCUGCGCUUGCGGACCGAGAUGUCGAGGAUGUACGAGGCACUAUCGAGCUUAGGACACGGUGCUCAGCUCCAUAGCGGCGACGAAUUCUUCACCGGCAGCCCCAACGAGUACUCUGCUGGGGGGCAGUUUAUGCACAAUCCUGAUGACGGGGUCUAUCCGCGCAUGAAGAAGAUGUUUUAG